AUGGCAAGCACCGCCGAGGUCCUAGAGUGCCCCUUUUGCGCCUUCAAGCACCAGGACUCGUACGUGCUCAUGCUGCACGUCGAGGAGCGCCACACGGCCGAUUCGCCGUUUGUGGUCAGGGACGGCCCAGACGCCGCCUCCGAGCUUUCCCAACCCGGCUCCUCCUCUGGCCCCGUCCUGCCAGAAGCACCUGCCGACGACGGCGAGAGAUGGAUGCUCUGUCCCAAUCCGGACUGUUGCGAGCAGAUUCCCGCCGAGGACCUCACCGAGCACCUUGACCUGCACUUCGCCGAGAGACUAUUCGAAUCGCAACAGGACGCAUCGGCGCCAGCAGAUCAUAGCACAGCAUUGCCACAUCCACCGUCGUCCAGAAAGCCACCCAAGAAGCUCUCCAAGAUGCGUCACGGCACGCCUCCCCUCUCCAUUGCUUCGGAGCAUUCUUUCAGCACCGCCCAAGACGACAGCUCCGACUCUUCGGCCCUUGCACCGGACGGAGACCGCUGGCGCAGCAAGCAUCCUCGUCAUCAUCAUCACGAGAACGGCUACGAAGACGCCCAUGUCAAGACCAGGGCCCGUUCCAACUCGGAGAAGACCACCCUCUCCCGCCGCAUGAUCGAUGUCCUGAGCCCUUCCAGCUCCAAGAAGCUGCACAAGGGCAAGGCGCCCGGCGCUCGCAGUGCCCGCCUAGGUAAAUCCGAAUUGGGCCCCUAUGCCUACGAGGAGCAGAUGCCACAUGCGCUCUACAAGCAGAUCGAAGCCGGACCCAAGGUUUCCGUCAUGACCCGCAUCGGCCGCGACGGCCGCCUGAUCAAGCAUGAGGUCGUCGACAACGAGACUCCUGGCGUCUUGCCGGUCCUCGCGCAGCUGUGUGGCAUCGACAAAUCAGUCGACCAAGCUUACAUCUGCCACCCUAGCACCCUCCAUAUCUUCAAACGACCGAGAGAAGGCGGAUUCUGCGGCUAUCGUAACAUUCAGAUGCUGGUCUCGUACAUCCAAGGCGCCCAGGCCCAGGGCCACUCUCAGUUUCCUCCCCGCACGCCGGGCAUCCUCGUCUUGCAGGAUCUGAUCGAGCAAGCCUGGGACAUGGGCAUCAAUGAAGUCAGCCGCAUUCAAACGGGUGGCAUCAGAGGCACUAGAAAAUACAUUGGCACCCCAGAGGUUCAAGCGCUGCUCCGCAGCCUUCGUAUCGACCAUGGUCUUCAAAUCUUCAGCGACCGCCCUGAAAAAGGCCAGGCUCACGAGCAACUUCUGGACUAUGUGGAGUCUUACUUCAGAGAAGGCACGACGGGAGAGCAGCGAGAGAAGCGCCUCAAAGUCAUCAAGACGCACCUCCCGCCCAUCUACCUGCAACAGCCCGGUCACUCCAUCACCAUCGUCGGCUACGAGCGCCACAAAGGUGGCCAGCGCAACAUUUUGGCUUUCGAUCCAAUGUUCCACACGUCACCUGGAAUGAGCAAGAUCCUCGGACGGCGCGACAUCAGGACUCCUCGACCAGAGGUCCUCCAGGCGUAUCGGAGAGGCGACCGGCAGCUCAAGAGACACAGAGACUACGAGUUGAUCUCAUUGAAAGCACACCCGCCGCUGUUCCCGGCGUGGGAUGUGAUCGAGCGAUACGGUGACCACCCAUACGUCUAUGCAUUUUUCCUCGUCCCGGCGCUCGGCUACGAAGUCAUUCCCGAGGACGAGUUUCCUAUCGUGUUCCCAUGGUGGUACUUUUGCAGCCUCUUCUGCGUCGACGAUGCACGCUUUGCUCGGAGGCCUCCUACAAUCACUUACUACGAUGAGCUUGACCGUUUCGACGUUGAUAGCAUCGACCACGAAAGCGACACGGGCCUGCUUGGCGGCAUGCCCCCGCUUCAGGACAGAAGCUACCUUGACUGGAUCAGCCUCUUUGAUCCGAUCAGAAAGGCGUCUUCAGGUGGCUUCAACAAAGAUGCAAGGGAGCGGCUGAAUGCAGCACUGCAGACUUCUCAGCUUGAGAGCGAUGAUUUUCAACCGCUUCCUGAAGAUGUAUACUUUGAGAAGUCGGUCGAACCAGCCGUGGCAGUCCAUUACCCGUGCGGUGCACCGAUACAGCGAGGAUACAGACAUUACACGUUCAAGAGAUGCGGUCGCUCGUGGUCCAAUUCGUUCUCGGGAUCGUCUGUCCAAUCAGCAAUCACUCCGACAUCGUCCAUGUCGCCGGGAUUUCAACAGCCGCCUCGCCGGCCUUUCCAAAUGCCAUGGGGACAGCAACCGGCCAGAUCUGCUGUUUGCUGCUCGUCGGAUAGUUCUCACCGAGGCAGCAGCAGCGCAGGUGGGCACUCACUUCGCCAUCCCCAAAACUGGAGGACUACCGAUGAUGUCCCACCCACGUCGCUUUCGGACGCCAUUGCCUUCAGCAAUCCCUACCACGCCAACUAUACCACCGCCCUGUGCAAAAGACGCGACUCGGCCGUUGACCAUGCCGAAUAUUUCACAAACUCCUUCUCGACGCCGUCCGCUCCUCAGAAUGCGCCAGCCUUUGCGUCGGGACACGAGAUUCGCCUCCCCAUCCAAUCUUCGCGUCAUCCUCCCCACAGCAAAAACAGCAGCAGCAGCGACAGCUGCUUCAACGCCCACCUCCACCAACACUGGUCCAUCAACGACGAGACCACCCGUCCUCGCCGUCUGUCUCAACGCUCUGCAGCUUUUCCCGCAUCGCCCCCCGUCCUCCAGCUCGGCUCCGUCGAUCUCGUCUCCUCCCAUCCGGGCCGUCGUCCGACGACCGCGAAAUUCGGCGACGCCCCGCCGUCGCGCUCACCAUCACCAUCGUCUUCUUCUUCUUCGUCGUUUCCUUUCAACUUCGGCGGUGGCAGUGCCGGCAACAACAAUGCAGACAACGCCGUCGGCGCCAUCGGCAGCAGGAGACCGCCGACGCCCGUCGACGAGCUGCGCGACUUUUUCAUCGAGCGCUCGGCCGAGGGGGUGGGCAUGCCGGUGUUUUACGGCACGGGCAGGAAUGACGUGUCGGCGGGGUGGAGGAAGAAGAUGGGGGCGGAGUGGUGA